AUGCGAACAUUAUCGAGAUCUCUCGAUGAAAACAGAAUUUCAUGAGUUUUUUAAUAAGAAACAGGACUCAAAACAAUCAUUGUACAUUUCAACAUGUCUACAAAGACUUAUGAUUACCUUUUUAAGUUGUUACUCAUUGGAGAUAGUGGUGUCGGAAAGACUUGCAUUUUGUUCAGAUUUUCAGAAAACAAUUUUAAUACAACAUUCAUCUCAACAAUUGGUAUUGACUUCAAAAUCCGAACGAUAGAAUUAGAUGGCAAAAAAAUUAAACUGCAAAUAUGAAAUAAAGCCGGUCAAGAACGUUUUAGAACCAUCACUUCAGCGUAUUAUCGUGGAGCGAUGGGUAUAAUGCUCGUCUAUGAUAUCACUCAAGAGAAAUCUUUUGAAAACAUAAAAAAUUGGAUUCGAAAUAUAGAAGAAAAUGCAUCAACAGAUGUUGAGAAAAUGUUGUUAGGCAAUAAGUGUGAGUUGAAUGAGAAGCGUCAGGUGACAAAGGAGCGUGGCGAACAGUUGGCUAUUGAAUAUGGCAUAAAGUUCCUUGAGACAUCAGCAAAAAACAGCAUUAAUGUUGAAGAGGCCUUCUUCACACUCGCACGAGAUAUUAAAAGUAAAAUGGAGAAACGAAUGGAAGCAAGUAAUCCACCGAAAGGCGGCGGUCAUCAGCUGAAAGCAAACGAGCAGCCUCGAAAGCCUGGCUUAGGAUGGCUAUCGAAAUGCAAUUUCUUCUAGCCCAACUUCGUUUCAUUCUUCUAUUGCUACAGUUCUCAUGUCCUUAUAGAGAUAUGAUAAUUAAUUCAAACACACACAUACACACGCAUACACCUACACACACAAGAAAAUUUUUAAGUAAGAAAUUCUCUGAUAUAAGACAAUUUGAACAUUCUUCGUAUCUUUCGUCUUUUUGUAAGCGACAAGUUGAAAUAUGAAACAGUUCAACAAUAUUCGAAUUUCGUCAUCUCGUUCUUUAAUGUUUUUCUUUUCUUUCUUUAUUCUCGUCCGACAAAGCUUUUGGCUUGCUUAAAUAUUUUUUCUAUUCGGUUAUUGUCUUCUUGUUCUUCUUCUUGUGUAAUCGAUAAUUUGCCAAUUUAUUUAUUUAUCCAAGUCUCGGUUCAUAUGUUAAGGAAUUUUAUAAGCUUUGGUCUUAUUCGAUUAAUGAAAAUGUCAAAUAAAUUUGACACUGUUUCAUUCAAAGAAUUUUUUUUCCUUUUUUUAUCACAAUUGAAUUGAAAAGAAUGUGCAGUGAAAUUAUGCGAGCAGCGAAAAAUGUUUUGUGAACUCAACCGACGAGUGAUGGAAAUGAAAACUUUUGAUACUCGAUGCACAAAAAGAUUUUAGAUAAAAAAAAAGAAAACUAAUAGUAAUAAUGGAAAAAUUCAUGCUUCUUUGUUCUCGUUGAGUUUUGUUUUGAAAACUUUCCUUCUGAUUUUUUGCUGCUGAAAUGUGUUCGACGAACUACACAAAAACUGAUCAUUUGUAAUAAAGAUUACAUUAACUUUA